AUGCGAGAUGAGACUCUUUGCCUGCCGGAGUUAGAAAUCUUCGAUAUUCCCGGGAGCCUUGAGAGGGGCAUAGCCUACGCAACCUCAAGGAGCAAGGGCAUUGUCCUGCUCGAGCACAUCCAGGAUAAUGCACAGAACGUAUCCGGUUGCAACAUUAGGGAGGAGAAGCGGGGAAGCAGUCUGCUGUAUGCUCUCGACGUUGCCUUGAAUAGGGCCAUUAGCACAGACUGUUUCUCGGUGGUCAUCGGUCCCCCUCUCUCCAGUGACUGCAAUUUCGUCUCCGAUUGGCUGUCCCAAGAGCAGAUAACGGACCACGCUCUGCGCAAUCUUUAUCAGAUUGAGUACGCAUGUAGGUUGGAGACGCUGACGCGAAACUAUGCAAUUGUCAAUCGAACUGGUGCGCAUACGCAGUCCCAGAGCAACCUUGCCGCCAUGUCGAUGACGGUGCAGACUUCGACGCUGAUUAGUGCGAUCAGCCUCUUUCUUCGUUUUCAUGGAUGGAAGAACAUUGCUAUCGUAUUCGAGGUCACUGACGAGAGUAUGCAAAAUUCAGGUGUGGCCGAGACUAUACAACUAUUCUUCUCUAAGACCGAGUCCGGCACGGCGCCCCUAAACGUCUUCAUCAUGGAGAAACUACAAUGGCACAUUGAUCCCCGCAUGUUACUGAAGAACUUUACGCUGAAAACUGACGGUUCGUCUUUUAUACUCCAUGUCCUAGCAUGA